UCUGUUAACUAUAUCCAAUUGAUUUGAACAAACCACAGAGAAUUUUCACCACCCCCUCCUAUUUCAUAUAUAUAUAGAGAAAUCAGCAAGUAAAGAAAACCACAGCAAGUCACAAAAAACCAAUUCCUGAAGAGUUCACUGCACAAACCAUAAACAUUGCCCGAGUUCCCGAGUUUACUUCGCUUAUCGCAAUUGAAGGGGGAGCGGUGCUGGGGCAGUGACAGUCCCCUCCUCGGUGUGCGGGUAAUGUGUUUUUCUUUUUGUUGUUUGUUUUCUUUUUAUUUUUAUAUUGAUUAAAGAACGGGCGGCAGUGGCGGAGCAGUUGAUGCCCCCACCCGCAUUGAGUCAUUUACAUGAUCGCACCGAAUGCGGAGCACAAUUGGAGAACACAUACUACAUAUAGUGCUCUCAGUGAUCACAACGUCGAGCGUUUGAGGCUGCGUUUGGCUUCGUCAGUCGUUGAUUAGUCCGCUCGCUGGAUAGACAUUGCUGCCAGAUCGACAAACACUUUCAGUUCCCGCUUUCAGAUCCCGAAAAACCCCCAGAUUUAGAACCGUUUAGAUUACCUCAGGAAGCGAUAAGUAGCUUUAGCUACUGAUAUAAAUUCCAAGCACUCAGUUGGGGUUCUUCAUUGAAUUGGAGUUGAUCCAAGCAGCAACAUGUCCACAGAUAAGUAUCAGCCCACCGCCGAGCAGAUCAGCGAAGUUCGGACGCACAUUCUCCAGAGAAUGGAGAAAGAGCCGCCAGCAGAACCCUUCCAUCCCAAUGACCUGAAGCGCCUCAACGACAGCGAUGUCUGGAUCACCAAACUGCUCGAGAUCUACGAACUGGAUUUGGAGAAAUGCAAGACCCGACUCUGGGACAAUCUCGUCUGGCGUCAGAGUUUCGGUGUGAACGAUAUCACUGAGAAUAAUGUGAACCAGGAGUAUCUCACCGAUGGCUCCAUCUAUGUGCACAACAAGGAUAAGGAUGGCAAGCCUCUGCUGAUCCUCAACAUCAAGAUGCACUCCAAGAGUAGGAAUCAGGAGGACCUUCUGCGAGUCCUUGUCUAUUGGGUGGAGCGUUUGGAGCGUGAGAAUGGCCUGGGCAAGAUCACCAUUUUUAUGGACAUGACUGGCUCUGGACUGAGCAACUUGGACUUGGAGUUUAUUAAGGCUAUUAUCGGUGUGUUCGAGACCAAGUAUCCCUAUGCACCCAACUACAUCCUGGUGCAUGAGUUGCCUUUCCUAUUGAAUGCUGCCUUUAAGAUUGUCAGGGGCUUCCUGCCCGCCGAAGCCCUGAAGAUCCUUAAAGUGACCACCAAGAAGGACCUUGAACAGUAUGUGGACAAGGAAAACUCCCUUAAGGUCUGGGGCGGAAAUGAUGAAUACGUUUAUAAAUUUGACUAAAAACCAAACACAAAAUUGUGUAUGAUAGUGUAAAUAAUACGAUAUUUAUUUUCCUGAA